AUGUUGUCCACAGCUCAGCAGAUGCUGCAGGAUAGCCGCUCCAAGAUCGAGCUGAUCCGGCUGCAGAUUAUCAGAGUCACCCAGGCUGGCAACAGCAGCAGCAGCAGCAGCAGCAGCAGUGGAGGAGGUGGAGGAGGUGGAGGAGGUGAUGAUGGUAGAGUGUCUCCGGUCGCGGUCGCUCCUGUGGACGCUCGUCUGGCAGAGCUGCAGCACCACAUGCAGAGGGAGACAGAUGCUCUGGUUCUGGCCAAAGAUGUGGUGAAGCAGCUGGAAGGGAUCUCCUCUCUGGACCAGAAGGCGCUGACCGAGGCCCAGUCCCGGGUGCACGAGUCCUCCCAGAAGCUGGACCUUCUACGACGGUCCCUGGAGAACAGUCUGGACGAGCAGAGCCAGGAGCCGGAGCCACAGCAGCCUGCAGGGGGCGUCCACCCCUCCCAGGGACCCCCGUCCUCCCAGGACCAGAGACCUGGAUGUCCCCUGUCCACCUCCCCAUCCGUCUUCUCCCUCAGACCUGCCUCCUUAACUGGUAAACUUGAAGUGAAGCUUCUUGGAUGUGAGGAUUUACUGAAACCUCGGACGAACCCGGAGCAGGAAACGUCUGGGGACGAAUCACCAGCUGCUCACAGGACGGAGGGACAUCCGGCAGAGAUCAGUGCGGUGCUCAGGCUGGACGGCAGGGUGGUGGGCCGGACGCGGUGGGCGGCCGUCAGCAGACUCAGCUGGGAUCAAACCUUCUGCAUCCAGCUGGAGCGGUCUCGAGAGCUGGAGGUCAGUGUCCUCUGGCGGGACCGGGCCGCCAUGUGUGCAGUCAAGUUCCUGCGACUGGAGGAGAUGAUGGAAAACCAGAACCACAACCAGGGUCUGACUCUGGAGCCCCAGGGCCUCCUCUACGCCAAGCUUCGGUUCAUUGACGCCGUGGUGGAGCCGCGGCUGAGACGCCAGCGCUGCAUCUUCACUAAAGAACGAGGGAAGAACUUCCUCAGAGCCGCUCAGAUGAACAUGAAUUUUGCCACGUGGGGUCACCUGAUGAUGAGCAUCCUCCCUCACUACAGCUCCUUCACCACAUUCAGCUCGCCGCCCUGCACCACCCCCGACCCGACGGCCACCAGCAGCCCGCGGGCCGAGGAGAAGGAGCCACCGAUCACCGCUGCACUGCCGGGUGAAACUCCAGUGAUCAGACUCAGCGUCACUGAGGAUCCUCCUCCGCCCUCCAGCCCGGAGCCGAGAGUGGAGUCUCCCACCGCCCCCCCCACAGAACACAACCACACCUCACCUGGGCCGCCACUGCAGGAAGAACUGGUGACUGAUCAUCAACCGUCGUCCAUAAACAACACAGAGGAAAGUGAAGACCAGCCUGUGUCUGAUCUCAAGAUGCACAGGGAGGAUUUCAGAUAUAUCUCGGUUCUGGGCAGAGGACACUUUGGGAAGGUUCUGCUGGCAGAGUUCAAGAAGACAGAGAAACUUUACGCCAUCAAAGCCUUGAAGAAGAGAGAGAUCGUGACUCGAGAUGAAGUCGACAGCCUCAUGAGUGAGAAGAGGAUCUUUGAGAUGAUCAACGCGUCCCGACAUCCGUUCCUGGUCAACCUCCACGGCUGCUUCCAGACCAGCGACCACGUCUGCUUUGUGAUGGAGUAUCUCCCCGGCGGCGACCUCAUGAUCCACAUCCACAACAACGUCUUCACCGAGGCCCAGACCAGGUUUUAUUCAGCGUGUGUUCUUUUGGGUUUAGAGUUCCUGCAUCUGAAUAAAAUCAUCUAUCGAGAUCUGAAGCUGGACAACCUGCUGAUGGACGCGGACGGAUUUGUGAAAAUCACAGACUUUGGACUUUGUAAAGAAGGGAUGGGUCACGGAGAUCGGACCUCGACUUUCUGCGGGACCCCGGAGUUUCUGGCCCCUGAGGUCCUGACCGACGACAACUACACCCGGGCAGUGGACUGGUGGGGGAUGGGCGUCCUGAUCUACGAGAUGCUCGUGGGCGAGUCUCCGUUCCCUGGUGAGGAUGAGGAGGAGGUGUUCGACAGCAUUGUCAACGAUGACGUUCAGUAUCCCUCCUCUCUUCCUCCCGACGCCGUCUCCAUCAUCCAGAAGCUCCUGAAGAGAAAUCCUCUGAAAAGACUCGGAGGUGGAGAGAGAGACGCCAACGAGCUGAAGGGAGAGAAGUUCUUUGGGACCAUCGACUGGGAGGCUCUUCUGGCCAAGACGGCCAAACCUCCGUUCCUGCCGUCGAUCACAGAAUCCAAGGACGUCAGCAACUUUGACAGCGAGUUCACUCGACUGCAGCCGAUCCUGUCGCCUCCGUGCAAACCCUCCGGCCUCUCUGCCGAGCAGCAGGAGGCCUUCGCGGACUUCGACUUCUGCGCUCUGCACGGAUGA